UGAAAUAAUAUAAACUCGUUACCAUGAACUUUACAGUGUCAAUGUGUAUUUUAUUUGCUGUUAUUAAUUUUCCUUCGAUACAUUCAGAUAGAAGGUGUAAAGGGCCCAAUGAACAUUACGCUUGCGGUAGUGCUUGUCAAACAGCAUGUGAAACUUUAGGCGAACCGUGCCCUAUAGUGAACGUCAGAUGCAAUGAUGAUUGCUUCUGCAAUGAUGGAUAUGCUAGAGACGACGAUGGUAUUUGUAUACCACAAAAGAAAUGUCCUCCAAAAGAUUAGUGAUAAGUGAUAAUAAUAAACGAUAAUACAACUA